AUGGCGAACAAGUUUGGAUUAGGUUCUUUAUCUUUAGAAACCAAAAAACCUAACACUACAACAUGGAUAAAUAAAGCGAAACCUUACUUUGUGGAUCAAAUCGGAGACACUCUUCAAGGUGAUUUAGAUAUGAACAAUUUUAGCAUAACUAAUUUAAAGUCUCCGGAAAACGAUAAUGAUGCCAUUCACAAGAAAUAUUUACGGGAACAAAUAAAUUCAAUUGAAGUAAAUAAAAACCAUUUAGAAGAUAAAAUAAGUAAUGUGAAAAGAUUCUUGAAACGUCAACUAAAUAAUAAAGAUUUUGUUAAUGAAACUAAACUGCAACAAGAAGUAACAAGUUUAAAAAGUUUUAUUGAAGAACAAUUGGUCGACGUAGCGAACAAAACUGAGUUACAAAAUUUAAUUUCAUUAAUAUCUAAAUUAGAGGAUAAGAUUGCAAAACAAAAAUUAGACAUUCAACAAUUGAUAGAUAACAUUCCAGAUGAAAAUUAA